UUCCCAUCUCCGCCGCCUCAUAUAAUCUCGCCCAUCCUAUGCUAGAAGAUGAGGCCGGAGUCCAUUCGUGCGUGCCUGCUCCAGUUAUUCAUGGAUCGCACAACUGAGAGUAAAAAAGGUUACGAUCAAAAGAAGGUUUGCAUAAAUUGGUGAAAUUGGUCGAUCGGUAGGAAAAGCCUGUUUCAGGGCUCUCGAAGAGGUUGAGAAAAACAUCUCCUCGUUGCGGCAAGUGCUCUCUGGUGAUGGAGAAGCAGGAGCGAAUCAAGAGCAAGUCCUGCAAAUAGCACUUGAAAUUUGCAAGGAGGGCGUGCUUUCCCUCUUUGUUCAGAAUCUGCCUUCCUUGGGUUGGGGAAUGGGGCAGAGCGAGCAUUACUCAGGUACUGAACUCACUAGCUCUGAAUUGCAGGUAAGAAAAGAUUUGGUUAUUUGCUGGUGCAUUUUGCUUGGGCAGAAAGUUGAUGAGAAUUAUUGCUGUGUGAAGUAUAUUGAAGAUCACGUGGAGCUUUUAGAUUUCCUAGUUGUUUGCUACAAGAAGUCGGACCUUGCACUAAACUGUGGGAUUAUGGUGAGAGAAUGCAUAAAACAUCCAACCCUUGCCAAAUAUAUCUUGGAAUCCAAUAGCUUUGAGCUGUUUUUCGAGUAUGUUGAGCUGCCGAACUUCGACAUUGCUUCUGAUGCUCUAAACACCUUCAAGGAUUUGCUUACCAAACAUGAAACUGUUGUCUCUGUGUACUUGAGCUCCCACUACGAACAGUUCUUUGAACGGUACACAAGGAUCUUAACAUCAACUAACUAUGUAACAAGGCGUCAGUCGGUGAAGUUCCUUUCAGAAUUUCUAUUGGAGCCUUCAAACUCUAAAAUAAUGAAGCGAUACAUUCAGGAAGUUCGUUUCCUAAAUAUUAUGAUUGGUCUACUGAAGGAUUCAAGCAAAAAUAUCAAAAUAUGCGCCUUCCACGUUUUUAAGGUGUUCGUUGCCAAUCCAAACAAGCCUCCUGGUAUUAUUGAAGCUUUGCGAGACAAUCGCAAGGAAUUGUUGAAACUACUCCACAAUCUUCCUGCAAGUAAAGGCGAAGAUGAACUUGACGAGGAGAGAGACCUGAUCAUUCACCGAAUCGAGAAGUUGUAAUGCUGAUCACCUAUCAGAAGUUCUGACUUGUUUGGCAUAUCAGAAGUUCAGAACAAACCUAUCAAAAGUUCAGAACCAACACCCUGUAAGCCUCCAAGAGCUGCGUCAAUUUGGAGGACAUUGCAGUUCGGCGAAGGAUGGUAUAAUAAAGUCACAAUAAAUAGAUCUGUUAUUCGUUCUUGAGUGAGCUUUUUUAUGUGAUUUUUUUUUGAGACAAAGCUUUUUUAUAUGAUGUGUAGCAUCAACGAAACUUGAGCCAAGAAUAUUAUUGCCGGUACAAUCCGGCCCAGUUUCUGUGA